AUGAAGCUCGUAAAGUUUCUGAUGAAUCUGAAUAACGAAAAGGUUCAAGUCGAACUGAAAAAUGGCACCAUCAUCUCUGGAGAGAUUGUUUCUGUUUCCCCGUCGAUGAAUGUUAAUUUACGAAACGUUAAAAUGACCGUUAAACACAGAAACCCUGUUUCCUUGGAGUAUAUCAAUAUCAGAGGAAAUCAAGUCAGAUUGGUAAUUCUUCCUGACGAACUCAACGUCGACAGCAUACUGUCUGAUUCAAUGAUCAAACCGAAGAAUCUGUCCACUGUUGCUCCCGUUCAAAAAGAAAAGGCUCCUAUCAGAGGUGGUAGAAGAGGACGCGGAAGAGCGAGAGCGUUUUAA